AUGGCCUCCACUGUGCUCAUUGUCUCUGCAUCUCUCCUUGCACUCUUCUUCUUCUUGCAUAGUGCUGAUGCAGAUGUUGGCAGUAAUGUGUUCAGCAUACAGAGCUACGGGGCUCAUGGAGACGGACGACAUGAUGACACCAAAGCAUUGGGAGAUACAUGGGCUGCAGCUUGCUCCUCUGCAAAACCUGCAGUUUUGCUCAUCCCCAAGGGCAAGAAAUACCUGAUCAAGCACACAACACUGUCUGGUCCAUGCAAAUCAAGCAUCUCAUUGAUGGUGAAGGGUAGUUUGGUGGCUUCUCCAGAGAGGUCAGACUGGAGCAAGGAGACCAUAAGGCACUGGAUUCUGAUCAGUGGUGUCACUGGUCUUACUGUCACUGGUGGUGGGACCAUAGAUGGAAAUGGCAAGAUUUGGUGGCAAAAUUCAUGCAAAACCAACUCAAAGCUUCCAUGCACAGAAGCUCCAACGUUUUACCUAUCGCAGGCACUGACAUUCUACUCCUGCAAGAAUCUGAAGGUAGAGUAUCUGAAGGUGGUGAACAGCCAGCAAAUCCAGAUUUCAGUGGAGGAUUGCACCGAUGUGAUGGUGUCUCGCCUGUCGAUCACAGCACCAGAAACAGCCCCAAACACUGAUGGAAUCCAUAUCACACGCAGCAGAGAUGUUGAGGUGACAGACUGCAUGAUCAAGACCGGGGAUGACUGCAUGUCAAUCGAGGACGGAACCGAGAACCUGCAUGUCAAGAACAUGGUGUGUGGACCGGGACACGGCAUCAGCAUCGGUAGCUUGGGUGAUCAUAAUUCUGAAGCUCAUGUCAACAAUGUCACCGUCGACAAUGUCAGGUUGUAUGGCACAGCCAACGGAGCUCGCAUCAAGACAUGGCAGGGAGGAAAGGGUUCAGCGAAGAACAUCGUGUUCCAGAACAUGGUCAUGGACAAUGUCUGGAACCCCAUCAUCAUCGACCAAAACUACUGCGACUCUUCUACACCCUGCAAGCAACAGGUAUACAAAGUUAAAACUGAAUUUUGGACAAAAUUACGUUUAACACGGUUAAUUUCUUGGCAUUAAUUAAUCUGUGCAGUCAAAGCUUAACUUCAUAUAUAUAAUUUUGGUUGCAGAAAUCUGCAGUGGAGGUGAGCAAUGUGCUGUUCAAGAACAUCAGGGGCACAAGUGCAUCAGAGGAGGCCAUCAUGCUGCAUUGCAGCAGCAGUGUACCUUGCCAUGGCAUAACCUUGGAGAAUGUCAAUCUCACUGUCAAGGGAGGUAGCAGUAAUGCCAAGAGCACCUGCCAGAACGCAGAAUGGAAGAAAUCCGGGAGUGUCAGUCCACAGCCAUGUGGUUUCAGGAACUGACAUGAAACAUGAACAUCCAUGUGGUUUCAGGAAUUGAUCUGAAACAUGAACAUCCUUGGACCUUGGAAGAUGUAGAGAAGUAGGAGUAUUUUACAUCGUGGAGCUAGAGAGACAGGUGUAUAUAUUCAGAAGAACAUGUACAGGAGGAAUACAUGACAUGUACAGAAGUGUAUAGGAAUUUGCAAUUGAGAUUAUUUCUUGUAACUCGUACCACUCUAAAUCAUGGCAAAAUAUAAUCAUCAAUGUUGACCAUCA